CAAAAAGAAGCUGGACCUUCACUGGAAGGAAAUCUGUCAGGAUUAACACAGACUGAAUGCUCACUGUCGCUUACACUGUUCAAGGUCGUGAAAAAGAAAGUGCGGUCACAUUUAAAGUUGGCCACUUGUUCCGUGGAUUUACCUAGAUGAUUUGGUUGUUGGUUUAGGAUUACAUAAUUAUCAUUUACAUGACGGAGCUUAAUGAGCUAUGAGUAAGGGAUUGGCUCCAAGUAAAAGUACUGUGUACAUAAGUAAUCUGCCAUUCAGCCUAACCAACAAUGAUAUUCACCAAAUAUUACAGCCGUAUGGUAAAGUGGUCAGGGUAACUGUGGUAAAAGAUAAAGAAAGUCGUAAAAGCAAAGGUGUUGCAUUCGUCUUAUUCUUAGAUAAAAAUGAUGCUUUCAACUGUGCAAAUAAAUUGAAUAAUAUGCAGAUGUUUGGUCGUACAUUGAAAGCAUCAAUCGCUCGAGAUAAUGGUCGAGCUGCUGAAUUUAUUCGUAGACGAGAAUAUCCUAAUAAAUCUCGAUGCUAUGAAUGCGGCUCUUUCGGACAUCUUAGUUAUAAAUGUGAGAAAAACUCAUUGGGUGAGCGUGAACAACCGGUAAAGAAACGUAAAGUCCGAAAGAAACUCAACGUCUACCGCCAACUAUUCAACGUUCGGCCGGUGAUAUAUACUACUUAUAUAUGUCAACAUCAGUAGCACAUACCACAUGACUUCGAGACAGUACAACGUCUUAUCAUAGUUUAAAUUAACUUUAAUUGUAAUUGUAUUAAAAUACUAAACAUUUUAAAAGCUACCAAUAACCAACGAUUCGAUCAUCCAGUGCAUUUUAACUAAUAUCUUUGUGAUACUCACCAGUUCCCUUUUAAGUUAUGUAUGAAAUAAAAUAUUUUUUGAGCAUCUGAUGUUUUAUUUUAUCAGUUUUACUACUGAGGACUAUCUGAAAUUGCCCAUUUGAGUCAGCAUUAAGCUACAAAUAUGUCAAAGUAUCAAAUCAUUCAAACAAUUUUGAGUCCAAGAGGAAUGAAUUCUAUCGUUUAACGUGGUCUAAUGUUUCAUGGUGUAAGUUUCUUACACAAUAUUAUAUGCCAAGCAACAAGAGUUUGGGGUAUAUGUAUGUUUAUUCCACCUCUAAUUGUGUUCUCGGCAUUUUUAUGUCUUAAGCAAAACAACUUUCCACAUUGACUAAUUAAAUGGUCCGUACAUUUUUAACUGCAUUUCUGGUGAGUCUUCUUACUGCUUGAACCAGUUCCCUAAGCUCUUCUAAUAACCACAGGAAAAAUGUGAACGACAACCUGGACACGGGAGAAAAGGCGUGAAAUAUGGAAAGGACACUUUACUCCAAGGUCAACAUAUAUACACAAAAUUGAGGGUGUUUGUAACACAUCAGAUGUCCUUGGGCUUCCGAAAGGUUCUGGAACUCUACUGAACAUAGUAACAGGAUAGGUAAUCAUGCAAUCAGAAAUGUGACGCGUAUCUCUUCACUUUCUAGAUGACUUAGGGAUCCUAUAUUUUGACGCCAAUUAUAUCUGAUGAUGUUAUCGAUGGACUCGCCACUUUAGUGGCCCUUUAUCUGACUCCAUUUAGAUCUUGUGAAUGUUUACCAUUAAAAUAUACAUCUCAUAUACCCUCGUAUAUAAUCAUCAGGUUAAAUCGCGUUAGUGAAUAACGGAAUUAAAUAAGUUAAAUAUGAGAAUAGAUUUCGAUUGCAUGUAUUUCAUACAAUCGUUGAUGCAGACAGACGAUUAAAGAAACGAAGCGAAACGAAAUGACACACAGUGGAGAAGGUGAGCGACCCAACCCAAUUUAAUCAAGCGUUACUCAAUAUUUAUAUUCAGACAAAAAUAAAUUACAGACACGCGAUGAAUAGAGUGAGUAUUUAACACACAUACGAUCAUAUAAAAACAGCCAAGGUUAAUAAGCGAAUAAUUGACAAAGGCAAAGUGUGGUUUGAGAAGAAUGAAUAAGUUGGUCUGUCCAGAAGCUAGAAUAACUUAUAUGGGCUUGACAUAUAAUCAGCCACUAGAUUGUAUCUGAGAUACAUCUUCUUAACACUGUUUGGAUAAAAUGUAUCCUGACGUUUUCACAGCCCCUUUGGGCGUUUUCCGAGAAAUAUUCUAGAUCACCCCAACAAUUUCCUUUUGUUGAAAACAACAUCCUUAUAGUACAUCCGUAGGGUUCAGUUUAAAUUCUGAAAUCUAAGAUGAUAAAAUCAUCUUAUAUGUUAUGGGUUAAGAAUUUUUCUUCUGUUAAAAGUUAUGUAUGUACUCUUUAAAAGAAUCAAUUUGCAUA